AAGUAAAGACACUUUACUAUCGAGCAGGAAGACACACCUAGUUGCAGCAACGUUUCGCUUGAUUUCGGCAAUUAUAUUCACGUAAAUAUAUUGAAUAGAAAGGUAAUAUUCAUCGACAACAAUGAGAAACUGAUUACAAUAAUACAAUACGAGAAUUAUCUCGCUAACAUUUCGUGAAGCCAUCAAUAAUUAUCUUGAAUUCAAAUUCAAAUAUCGAUGUAUAUUCUUGAUAAGCACGAUAUUAUAUUGUAUAGACGUGUUUCUAAACACGGGAUUUUCCAUAAUAUAUUUAAUAUAGUGCAUAUAACUAAAAAAAGAUUUUUAUUGUGUUAAACAAUAUUAUUAAAAUUGUAACAUAUUGAAAAUACCGCACUAAAAAUAAUUAAUUAAAUCAACGUUGAUUGACGUCAAUAAUACUGAUCCGUCAACGCCGAUUCGGCCAAUUAUUUCUGACUAGAUAUUUAAGAAAAGAAUUCGCAUGGCGUUUCUGAAAGUAUUAUUAAAUGUUGGCUUAAUAUUCACCGCUGCAACGACUCUUUCUAUUGACGGAGAUUCAGGGAAUGAUUUGAGCACAGUCAAUUACCGUUUACCAGACAACGUAGUGCCAGUGCACUACAACAUCAGACUUAUACCGUAUAUUGAAAAGGAUAAUUUUACCUUUGAUGGUAAAUCGCAUAUCAUCAUCAAGAUUCGUCGUACAUCGCAGAACAUAAGUUUACACGCACUGGAUUUAAUUAUAAAUGAAACAGCAACAUCAUUGAUCAGCAGCGAUACUGAUAUCUACGCACCGACGACGCAUAAUUAUGACAACAAAACAGAAAUCUUAACUCUUCAUUUCAAUGAUAAAUUAUCCCCUGGAAUUUAUAGUCUAUAUAUGCAAUUCAUCGGUAUUCUAAAUGACGAAUUGCAUGGCUUCUUCAGAACAUCGUAUAUCAAUGAGAAAGGAGAAAAAGUGUGGUUGGCCGCAUCGCAUUUCGAGGCAAGUUGGGCGCGACGAGCUUUCCCGUGUUGGGACGAACCAGCAUUAAAGGCCACUUUCAAUAUCUCCAUAAAACAUCGACGAAAUUACACAGCUGUGUCAAAUAUGCCAAUACGGGAUCAAUCGGAUGACAAAGACGAUAUGAUAUGGACACACUUCGACAUGACUCCCAUCAUGUCUACUUAUCUCAUAGCGUUUGUAGUGUCCAAUUAUGUACGUAUUCCUAAUGUAGAUGAAACGCUCAAUAUAUGGUGCAGAUCAGCAUUGGCUCCGCACUCAAAACUUGUACAGCAGAUUGCUCAAAAGGCUACAGACAUAUUAACAGAAUACACCAACAUCACCGACAAAGUUCCAAAAAUGGAUCAUUUAGCAGUUCCGCAACUAACAGCUGGUGCCAUGGAAAAUUGGGGACUUAUUAUUUAUAACGAAAAAGACUUUGCGUACAAUGAAAAAAAAGAUACAAUGUUUCAUAAACAACGAGUAGCAGUGACAGUAGCACAUGAAAUGGCACAUCAAUGGUUUGGUAAUGUGGUCAGUCCGUCAUGGUGGUCUCACGUGUGGCUAAACGAGGGAUUUGCAACAUUUUUCGAAGAGUAUAUUCUCAAUGAAAUUUUCAAAGAUUGGCGUAUAAUGGAUUUCUUUGUUGUCAAGGUUCAACAAGAAGCUCUUGAUACUGAUGUUGCCAAAAAAAUGAAACCUAUUGUAUUCGAAGUCAAAACUCGUGAAGAAAUUGAUUCACACUUUUCUUAUUCCAGUUAUGGCAAAGCACCUGCUAUACUGCGCAUGUUACAGCAUAUUAUUACUGCUAAAGUAUUUCAGAAAGGUAUCAUUAAAUAUUUACACAAACACCAGUUUAGUUCGGUUACUUCCGAUGACUUAUGGAAUGCCUUUCAAGCGGCCCUCGAUGAAUCAGAUGUUCCACAUAAUGCCUAUACAUUGAAAGAGGUAAUGGAUACCUGGGUAAAACAAAGACAUUACCCUAUGGUACACGUGACCCGAAACUAUGACACUGGUGAAAUAAUACUAGCUCAAGAACAUUUCUAUCCAAAAAGCGAAAAUGAACAUAUCAAUGGCGAUAAGUGGUGGAUACCUUUGACUUUUGCUACGCGGUCGAAUCCCGAUUUCUCCAGAACUCUGCCUACUCAGUGGCUAAGACCACAAGAUAAAAAUAUCAGUGUUAACGGAAUCGAUCCAAAUGAUUGGAUCAUAGUUAAUAUACAACAAACGGGGUUUUAUCGCGUUAAUUAUGAUGAUACAAAUUGGCGAAAAAUUGCAAACUACCUCAACUCUGACAAUUAUACAAAAAUACAUGUACUUAAUCGAGCUCAAAUCAUUGAUGACUCCUAUCAUCUUAUGAUCACAGAUCAACUUGAUAUCAAGAUAUUUCUGGAUCUUGCAAAUUAUCUGUCUCGAGAGACCGAUUUUAUAGUAUUAUAUCAUAUGUUUAACUUUUUUGACAUGUAUACGGAAAAAUUUUACAAAAUUUUAGAAAUUGAUUAUAUCAAGCAAUACAUACUACAUAUUUUGGAUGAGCUUAUUAAAAAUGUAGGAUACGCAGAAGAUACUGCUGAACAUGAAUUUAUAAAGCUCACGAGAGUUUCAAUCACUCCGAAGAAAUCUCAAAACGAAAAAUGUUACUGGCUACUAUUUUUAGCGUACAUUCUAAUGAACGACUUGACAAGAAUGCUGACAUGCAAAAUUAUCUACAUUGUUUUUGCAUUCGUCGCAAUAGACGCCGUUGCCAUUCAAGACGCAAAUCUGAAUGAUAAGGAAAUAAAUUAUCGGCUACCUAAUCACACAAAACCUCUAUUCUAUGAUCUUAAAUUGAACCCGCAUCUUACGUCAGACAACUUUACAUUCGAUGGCGAAGUACUCGUCCAUAUCGAAAUUUUGAACCAGACAAGAACUAUCACACUGCAUACAAAGAAGCUGAUAAUAGAUGAAAACGCAUCUUUUCUGAAAACUAACACUGGAUUUGACUUUUACGUUCCCACUAUAUAUAACAGUAACAAUAUAACUGAAUUUUUAACUCUUGGUUUUGCCAAGGAACUAUCUAUUGGACAUUAUAUUUUAUAUCUGAAAUUUGCUGGUAUAUUGAACGAUAGAUCGUAUGGAUUCUACCGAAGUUCUUAUGUUAAUAAUACAAAAGAUAUAGUAUGGUUUGCCGGGACAAAUUUCAUGGCAACUUACGCACGUGCUGCUUUUCCCUGUUGGGAUGAACCGGCAUUGAAGGCCUCUUUUAAGAUUGCCAUCAAACAUCAUCGUAAUUACACGGCUAUUUCGAACAUGCCGAUUUCCGAAGAAUCGGAAAUCGACGAGAGUGACGGAAAGAUAUGGACACAUUUUGAAGAAUCGCCCGUCAUAUCAACGUAUCUAGUCAGUUUCCUAAUCUUCGAUCUUCGUAAUAUAAGCAAUUCCGAUGGAACCAUCAACGUCUGGAGCAGAGGCAGUGUAAUUUCCUCAGCAAGUUUCGCCCACGAAGUCGCGCAGAAAGCGGCGAUCGAAUUGGAACGUUACACCAACAGUUCCGUUCGGUUGGCCAAAAUCGAUCAUGUUGCGCUUCCUGACAGAUAUGUUAUUGGAUACAAUAAGGGCAUGGAAAGUUGGGGGCUUAUCACUUACAAGGAAGCUACAAUAUUAUACAAUGAAGAGGGAAGUUCAAUCAACGAAUUGUAUAGAAUUGCAAAUAAUAUCAUUCAUCAAUCGAGCCAUCAAUGGUUUGGUAAUGUUGUUAGUCCUUCCUGGUGGACUUACAUAUGGAUGAAUGAAGGACUUGCGGAAUAUUUCAAAUAUUACACUACUGAUAAGAUUUAUAAAGAUUGGCGAGUUAUGGAUUUUUUAAUUAUGGAAACGCUAAAUUCAAUCCUAUUUUUGGAUAGUUUAGAAUACACACAACCUCUUAAUUUGGAGCCUAAUACUAUUGAAGAAAUUAAAUUUAAAUUUUCUCCAUUAAAAAAUCAAAAAGCUUCUCUACUUUUAAGAAUGCUUUCACAUUGUCUCUCUGAUGAUGUAUUCCACACAGGGCUCAUCAGAUAUCUUAAUAAGCACAAGUACGGCGCAGCUAAGCCUGAAGAUUUAUGGGCUGCUUUGCAAGAUGCAUUUGAUGAAUCAGCGGUAUCUCAAAACAAAUUCAAAAUUCAAGAAGUAAUGGAUACCUGGAUAGAACAGAAAGGAUAUCCCCUUAUUACAGUAAUUAGAGAUCAACAUACUGGAAAGAUAAAGAUUACACAGAAAUAUUUUCAACCAUACGAAAAAAUAAGUGUACGUAAGAACCUCAUUAACAUAGAUAUUACGAAUAUAAAGUGGUGGGUACCAAUAAAUUUUGCAACUCGCACCGAUCCAAAUUUUUCAUCAACCUUAGCAACGCAUUGGUUGUCGCCAAAAGCUGAAGAACUCGUAAUCGAUGGUAUCGACCCACAAGAUUGGAUUAUCAUAAAUGUUCAACAAACUGGUUUUUACCGUGUGAAUUAUGACACAAUAAAUUGGUUGAAAAUUGCUGAUUAUCUGAAUUCUGAGAAUUAUACAAAAAUACAUGUACUGAAUCGCGCACGGAUAAUUAACGAUGCGAUUUACCUUAUGUUCACGGAUAAAUUAGAUCCCAGAAUUUUUAUGGACCUUACAAAAUAUUUACGACGUGAAACGGAUUAUGUAGUAUGGUUCUCACUAUUUAAAAUUUUAAGAGACGCAACCAAAUAUUUUGCUUAUAAUGGAGGAGGUGAAUUGCUUAAGUCAUACAUUUUGGACUUGAUAAACAAUAUAGUAGAAACUAUAGGUACACAAGAGCAUCCGAAUGACGAUUACUUCACGAAAUUCACGAGAAAUGCAAUUCUUGAAGAUGCGUGCGUUUUUGAUCAUCCUGCAUGCUUAAAUAAAGCCUAUACUCAAUUAAUUGAUUAUUUAAAAAAUUCAACAAUAUUUUCAAAUAGAACUUCAUUUCAUACGAAAAGAUGGAUAUUUUGUAAUGGUAUAAAACAAGCGAAUGAAACUAUUUGGAACAAAUUGUUAUAUUUGUACACAAACUUGUCUGAACAAACAUUAUACUGUCUGGGACACUCUAGAAACCCGACUAUUAUCGAGAAAUUUUUAAAUAUGACUGUAUCUGAAGAUGCACCAAUUGCGAAAAAUGAUAUUCAUCGUAUUAUUUAUUCCGUAUUAAAUGGAGGUUUUCCAAAUGUCGAUGUCGUCAUGGAUUUUAUUAUGAAUCACUGGGAUAAACUUACAACUAUCGUUGAUCCAGUGGAUUUAGUGUAUGAUAUUAGUUGGAGUAUUGUAUCCAGGAAACAAAUCCAAAAGAUAAAAGCACUUUUAGAUAAACUUGGAAUGGAAGUACCACAAAUCAUGAAACUUCAAGAGCACAAUAUAGAUUUGAUAGAAACAAUAGUAAAUAAAAUUCGUGUAUGGUUAGUACAUAAAGGUUCAAAUUCAUCUACAAAUGUUAUAUUACAAUAAAUUCGAUAUUUUAUCGAUAACGUCAC